CAACUGGUAAGCGUGGCUGAGCUCGCUCAGUUGUCUGGGCGCCGUAGCGCGGUGCGGACGUCAGUGCUACGCGCGGAGACGUUACCAAUCGCCAAUACGCGGCUACGUACAUUCGCCGCUACGUUUAAAAUGUGACAAAAUGUACAGUCGUGUUGAAAUUUGCUCAAUUUAAUUUUUUUUAAUCGUGUUAAGUGACUGUGUUAAUAUGGAGUGGGCCUGUGUGUUGCUGUUAUGCCUUGUGCCGGUCGUUGUCGGCAACCCGGCAAAAAUGGAUGCGAAGCGAGACCACUGUAACAAGACAGUGGAAAUUUACGACGACGUGUCGUCACCUCCUGUCACCCCUGAGAAUUUUGGAAGACCACUAACUUGUUCAUAUAGGUUUAGGGCGUUUCGAGGGUCACCAAAAGACUGGAUAUUGAGGAUAAGAUUUAAAAAGUUCAAAGUUGGGACACUGAUUAAUGGAACUACGUGUCAUAAAGGAUAUAUGCAGAUAGUGGACGGCAAUGCAAAGACUGACGUGUCCAAUAGGAAAGAACCUGGAUUGUUCUGUGGAGAGAUCGAGCAGCCCCAGACUUUCAUCUCGGAGACCAACUUCGUCAAAAUCGUCUUCCAUGCAGACAACUUCACCGAUCAGACUUACUUCAGCUUUGAUUCCAGGGCUGAACAGCAGUUCGAAGUAUAUCUGAGAUAUGGACAACAUCCAGAAUUGUAUCCUAACAGACGAGGGGAAGUCGUUGCUGGGUCGUAUUGCGAGAGAGUGUUUCGAGAUUGCCGCUUGCAGACUUGCUACGUCCAGUCCGCGGCGUACCCUGGAGUUUAUCCAAGAAAUCUACACUGCAGAUAUCACCUCAACACUCGACUGCCAUACAUCAAAUUGUAUAUCGAAAAUGAGGAGUUCAACAUCGACGGACAGAGAUGUGAGAACAUUAUGACAUGCCCCAUGAGGCCCAUUACUUCAGGUUCCGAAAACUGUCCCUACGACUACAUAAGGAUCUACGACGGCAAAGACGAAUCGGCAGCUGUUAUAGGAACAUUCUGCGGGAUGGGCAAGUUCCCCUACUCAAUCAUCGGGACGUCGCAGGACCUGUUCGUGGAGUUCGUCAGUUCGCCUGCAGGUCCUCUGUUAAACACCGGUUUCCACUUCAACGUUGGUAACUGGCCUGGACACGUGGAAGCCCCAGGGUCAAGAGUCGGCACUUGCGACUGGCUUCUCACUGCUGAAUCUCUUAAGAAGUCUGGAGACACCGAGGGCAUAUUCCUCUCAGUGGCUCAUUGGUAUCCGCCUCAUACAUCGUGUACAUAUCUUAUGCAAGGAUUCCCUGGUCAAGUUGUGAGGCUUUAUUUUCCUAGCUUCCGAAUCAACCGGAUAGAAUCCCCGAUAGUUCCUUGGACUGGUGACUGCGGCGAAUCCCUCACGCUGUAUGACGCGCCGAGGCCUGACGACGCGCGCAUCAUCAAGACUUUCUGUGACACUUUCAGUAGACCGAUGGAGAAACACGACUUUGUGUCUACAGGAAACGCUAUGUUCGUCAGAUUUGAGAGCAAGACGGGCAGUUAUAGCGGAUCGUCUCUAUAUUACUGGGCCCAUUACGACUUUUUCAACAACACUCGCUUCGGAGAGCCGGUAGCAGGAACGGCUUGUGAUGAAGUCAUAGCAUCCUGGAAGCAGAGAGCUGGUCGGCUGCGGUCUCCUCUCAAUACCUUGGUGUAUAAACAAGCACCACCAGGGGAAGAUGUCCAUUGCCUGUACAGAUUUGUGACCGACAAGAGGAUUUAUGCCAGAGUUAUACUGACAAUUCUGAGUGUUAACUUUAAGGAACACCCGUACACACCAGUGUCCUGUCAAAAUUGUUACGAAGACAGAGCCGACAAACUCAUCAUCUGGGAGCCAGUGCCUGGUGGAAAAACAAUAAACAACACAUUAGGCAUCAGCACCACACCACUCCCAUUGCAUUUAGCUGUUCAAAGGUCUCUGGGAUCAUGUUUAUGCGCCAAACAUGCCAACACAGUGUCAAGGGCGAGACCAUAUCGAGUGGUCUCUUCUGGAGAAACUUUAAAUCUCCAGUUAAUUGUUGAUAAUGCUCAUGCUGCAGCGUCGUACUUCAAGAAUCCGUCGCCUCUCUUCGAAGCAAGGUAUGAAUUUGUUCACGGCCCGCUUUGCGGACCAGCAGUCCUGAUAGCUGCUUCUGAUGGAGAAAUCGUGUAUCCACAUUUAGAAGCACUGGGAUACACCGAACCACCCAAGAGGAUUCAAUGCAUCUGGGAUUUAGAGGUGGAGGAAAAGAGGGAUAUUUGGCUUCAUUUCGACAGCAUCAAAUUUGCUUCCAGACAUUGUGAAGAUGGGAACAUCCAGAUUUACUUGCCUGGCAGAAUAGAACCUUAUCUUUCUGUUUGUGGUGGUAAUGUUUCAGAAACUGAAAAGCUGCCUAUUUUAUCGGCUGGAGAGCUAGGAUUUGAGUCUUUAGAUGAUCCCUUAGUAAUAGAGAAAGAUAAGACUAGGUCAAUUCGAAUUGUGUUCAUUGGUAGCGCAUCACCCGCACGAGCUGCCUUCAAAAUUGCUUGGACGGGUUUGUACCAUUUGCCUAAAAACUCUGAUGGUUCUUUGAUGACGUCACGUUUGACUGAUGGAGUAACAAAAUCAGAUUCCGGUCAGGGGUGCGACUUUAUAUGUCCUGGAGAUGAAGCCCUAUGCAUUCCUGCAAGAUUAAUCUGCAAUGGAGUCGUCAAUUGUCCAAACGUAACGACAUCCGAAAGAAAAUUCUGGACUGCAGAAGAAAAGAGGGCUAAAGAAGCAUAUUCAGAAGACAGUUUGCGCCGACUCGGAUAUUUAGAUGCAUUAGGUGGAAUUCCUUUGGGACAAUUGAAUGACGAGUCUCCAGAACUGUGUGCUAGAGCACGCAGUACUGGGAGCGGCGAUUGGACAGCCCCAGCGUUGGGAGCAGGGCUGGCAAUAGCUUUAGGUGCGUGUGCUCUCGGUGCUGCCUGGCGCCUGUGCUGCCGCAAGCGGUCUCCAGACGAGGAGUCGUUGGACUACUGACACGCGGCCCGCGGCGCGCCCCACGCGCCGCCGUCGCUGCACUCGCGAUCCACAUCCAGGGAUCUCCCGAUGGACUGGAGUCUGCAUUGACAGACGCUAUAUUGAGCGCCUGCGCCCACCUUUGUUGAUUAUUGAAGGCCCGUUGUGUUGUUAUUGGGAUGAUAAGCUCAUGUUGUAGGUAAUCAUUUAGGUACACAUGUGUUACCUUCCUGUCAAUUUGUAGAAGACGAUAACAGUCUAGAAUAAUUUUCCUCCUUUUUUAAACGACCAUAAUGUAGUGUAAUUUUAAGACGAGUGAUCUGCCGUGUUGUAAUUUUGGCACGUUUUUCGAUGUUUUCAAAGGGCAAACGGUAUGUUCGAAGGCGCUCAAGAAAUUGUUUGUAAUAAAUGUAUAUACCCCAUUUAUACCAAAAUCCUACGUAAUAGGACGCUUCAAACGAAUCAUAGGUUAGGGUGAAGGUGAUAAUAGCCUAACAGAUAAGUCAUUAUCAAAUAGUUUAAGAGUUGUAAUUUUUUAAACAUGGCGAUGACGAGAUGAAGUCUCGUGUUCUAAUUCUCAUCUGUAAGCUUCGAUAUCGAAAUCAUAUGUAAAUGAUAUUGACAUUUCUACGUAAGCUCUAAUUUAAGACCUUGAUUUAAAAGUCAAAGACAUUAUUGUCUGGCUUGUUUAAAAAUUUCGCCAAUUUCUUUAAAGUUAAUGGUUCACAAAUACUUGUCUCUCACUUAAAUUCAACUUAUCAACGAUAAUUUAAAUUGUGCUGCGUAUCUGGAUUUUCCUUUUAUGACUGAUAAUUACUAAAUUGUAACACUAAUUGACAAAUAUAGAUUGUCAUUUGAUUUUAGGCCUUAUUUUCAAUACUUUUAGUGGUCAUUAGUUAGAAACCCAACGCUCUAAAGAUUUUGGCGAUUUAACUCCUAUUCCUUAAGACUAAAGAAACAUUCCAUGUUGUCAUGUAAAUAAAUAGUCGAUAAGGUCGUUAAUUGAAUAAUGCUCAACGAUUUCUUGGAUAUUGAUUUGAGGCAAAA